CGCACGGCGUGCGCGCGCCCUCCGCCUCGUCCGCCCCUGCCGCCUCCUUCUUCUGCCGCUCCUGGUGCUGCCUGUGUGCUCCUUCAGUGCGGACCUGGUGCCUCUUUUGUGAAGCGGCAGCUGAGGAGACUCCGGCGUUCGCCAUGGCCGACGAGAAACCCAAGGAAGGAGUCAAGACCGAGAACAACGACCAUAUUAAUUUGAAGGUGGCGGGGCAGGAUGGCUCUGUGGUGCAGUUUAAAAUUAAGAGGCAUACACCACUUAGUAAACUAAUGAAAGCCUAUUGUGAACGACAGGGUUUGUCAAUGAGGCAGAUCAGAUUCCGGUUUGAUGGACAGCCAAUCAAUGAAACAGACACACCUGCACAGUUGGAAAUGGAGGAUGAAGACACGAUUGAUGUGUUCCAGCAGCAGACAGGAGGUGUCUACUAAAAAGGGAACCUGCUACUUUACUCCAGAAUUUUGUUAUAGACCAAGAAUACAUUCGCAAUUAGAAAGCCGCAAUUUGGUUCCACCACAUCCUGACUACUACAGUAUAGUUUUCUCUUAUUCUUUCAUUUCCCUGUCCCCAUUUCUUUAUUGUACAUAAAGUAACUGGUGUAUGUGCACAAGCAUAUUGCGCUUUUUUCUUUCCUUUUUU